UUAAGAGAACUGGCUAUGAUGUUGCACAUCCUCCCCUUUUUUCCUUUCCCAUUUGCCAUCCUCCGACCAAUCAACCGGCUUUUCCCCUUCCCCUGUUAUUCUCCUUCUCUCCCCAUCUUGUCAUUCCUUCAUUCCACCACCAUUCAUCCAGUUCACUUUCGAUUUGGCUAUUCGCCGGUUCCAUUCGUGUUUUUUUUUUGUCUGUUUUCUCCUUUCCCCGAAAAAAAAAAACAAAAAAACUUAAAGAACGUCGCCUCAUCUCAUCCUGUCAUUCAAUGGGUACCAUAACGUGGGAAGAGUUCGUGGUUGGAGUCCGUCACAUAUUGGCAGUGUCCGACUCGAUCGGUGAUGGAUGGCAUUUUCGUGGAUCACUGGAGGAGCACGGUGGCGGUUAUCUAGCCAAAAGGAUGGACUACCCCGUAGCCAUUGGAGAGCCAUCGGAGAGAACUUUAUCCGCACGAGUGGCGACGAUCGAUCACGAUUCGGUGACGGAACCUUAUGAAAUUGAUCCGUGCAGCAUUGAUCCCGAUUCUUCUUUCCGGCCCGUCUAUGGCGAAUUUCACGUGCUGUACAGUCUAGCUCACGCCGUGCCUACACUCUAUUUGAGAGCAUGGAGACGAGAUGGAAGCUGUUUAGAAGCUGAAGAAUUAUGGAGAGAUUUAACUGCUGCCGAACGACGUCCUUCAUCCGACGAAUCCGAACGACUUCGCUCGUUGACGCAACAGGAACAUCCUUUCCUCGGUGAGCCAUGGUACCAUUUACAUCCGUGUCGGACGGCAGACAUGAUGGAUCAGAUCGCAGGCAACGACGUAGGCCGAGUUGAUGCAAAGCGAUAUUUUAUCCGAUGGAUGUCAACUGUGGCCCCUUUAGUCGGCUGUCCCGUGUCUCAUCAUUAUGCAUCCUUCCGGUAAACGCCCUACAGCCGCUUGCAACAGGUAUAUACGGACUCUAUUUGUUCUGUGUCAAAAAAAAUUUACUAGUUGACAUUUACUGUAAUAAAAAAAAAAAACGUUUAAAAAAUCGAA